AUGGCUGUCCAUCGAAUAAAAGGAGGAUUGGACGACGAAAUCCCAGAAACUCCGCACCGAUGCCAAGGUUCGCAUGAUGCAGGAGAACGGUGUGCAUUAUGUCCGAUACAUCACCGCUGGCGACGACCGGGUACGGCCGGAACAUCAGUUGCGGAACAACAAAAUAUACCGGAUGGAAGACGCGCCAUGGCUCGGAGAGUACAACUGCAGAUGCACAAAGAUUCAACAGCAAAGAAACCUGAACUGCCUACACCAACAAAAUUGGAUACAUAUCCUGACCCAGUUAAAACAACAGAACCUGCGCCAUCAGAUAAAGGGGCAUACGCAGGUAUCGUGCGGGUAGAUGCGCCAGUUAUCGCGUACCCAGAAAUUAUCGCGCCAAAGGAUUCAAAUCCAAAGUACAUAACACAGACGGCAAAAAUGGCCAAGGAACAAACAAAGGCCGUUAAGGAGUACACGAGCGUAUAUUAUUUGCCGAUUAACAAAUUACUCCGCCGUAAAAUAUCAACCGAUGAGGCAGUGGAACGGUGGGAGGAUUACGACGAGAUUGUAUUGAAUAUCCACGAUUUAGAUUCGUGGCUGCAAGGAGAGGUAAUAUCCCCCAUAAUUCGUGGUUUUGAUGAAACGGGAGCUGCCGUAGAAAUCCAGGCUCCUAAAAUCUAUCGCGGGUUAUCUGGAAAAACGACGACAACCCCACUUCUGAAUACAAUCAAAAAACUUGGACUUGAGGAGGCAAAAAAAGCACUGAUAGGGCAUGAGAUAUCAGAUUUAGCUUUCCAGUCGUGGUCAAUAAAGAAAGAGGGGAAGGAAAUUAUGUCCUCAUCUGAUGAAAGCAAAUAUUAUUUUCGUGUAUUUUCAGUGAACAUGGUUCUGAGUGGAAUGACUGCUGAAAAGGUUGCACAAUCUGCCAAUGUAUCAACAGUUUCUGUAUCAAAUUGGGUAAGGAAUGUUGAUGAAAAUGGAUUUGAAUCACUGAAAAACAAGGAGAAGUUAGGAAGACCAAAAAAACUCACUGAAGAACAACUGACUGAAAUCAACGCUAUGCUUCAAGAAGAUCCAAAGACAUAUGGUUUCAAAGUUUGGGAUGGACCGACGUUAUCAGCACUGAUAAUUGAUAAAUAUGGUGUCGAUUACAGUGUUCGAAAUUCACAACGAUUGUUCCAUAAACUUGGAUUUUCUCACAUUCGUCCACGGUGUUUUCCAUCGAAAGGAUUUGAGGGCACUGAGCAACGUCAAGAGUUUAAAAAAAAACUCGACGCAAUAAAAUCUGAUCCCAAACUCAUUCCCAUAUUUCAAGAUGAAGUGCAUUUUAAGAUACAGACAAGUAUCACAUUUGGCUGGUAUAAAAAAGGUAGCAAACCAACCGUAAAAUCAUAUCCAGGAAGACAACAGAUCUCAUAUUCGGGUUUUGUUAAUCCAAAAACAGGCGUUUUAUUUGUAGCGAAACCAGAGAUAUUCAACUACCUCACAACUAUCAAUUCACUCCGUUCUUUUCUUAAUGCACAUCGACCAUCAAGAGGUAAGAAAUAUGUCAUCAUAAUGGACAAUGCUCCAUGGCACAAGAAAGUUUAUCGCCUUAUUGUUACAGAAAACAAUGAAGAAUAUGCAGACAUUCGGAAAUAUGCCAAGUUUCUCUUAUUACCCCCCUACUCACCAGAUUUAAAUCCAAUCGAGCAAGUGUGGAGAAUUACACGGAGGGAAAACACACACAAUCGUUUCUUUGCAUCGAAGGAGAUAUUAGAAGAUACCGUUGAUAAGGCAUUUCAGUUUUUUGAGAUGCCAAACACCCAAUUACAGACACUUUGUGGGGUGCAAACAUAA